AUGAAAUCACUCAAUAUCUUAACAGUGAGAGAGCACCAAGCCCGUUUCCCAGCAAUCACUUUACUUGCACGAGAUAUUCUCUCAAUUCUAGCUACAGGUGCUGGUGUGGAGAGACUAUUUAACACUGCUCGUGAUAUCUGUCAUUAUCGCCGUGGUCGUAUGAAGUCCGAAACAAUCCAAGAGCUUAUGAUGUAUCUUUGUACAUCCAAAUUCGAGCUUGAGAUUCAAGAGGCAAAGGAGCUUGAAAAGUUCUUCUCUUUAGAUGAGAUUGAAGCAUUAAGGGAGGAGAAGGAUGAGAGAUCUGAGGAUGUUGAAUCGGAUAGUAUUAGCGAUACUGAAGAGCAAGCUAUAGCAGAUUCUGAGGAUCUUAUCGAUGUGAUUACUGAUGAUGAUGUUGAUGACGAUGUUGAUGACGAUGUUGAUGAUGAUGUUGAUGAUGAUGUUGAUGAUGAUGUUGAUGGUAAUCAUGUCUCUGCUAAUACUCAUGCUGUUGAGCUACCACUACCAGAGCUUGGUCCGCGGAUACGUACUUCUGGGAGGAAGAGAAAGAUCACUUUAGAUGAUGAAUUUGAGACCUACUAG